AUGGCUAGCACGCAAAUCAAAGUGGGAAACUAUACCCUCCUCGAAACCCUCGGUGUCGGCAGUUUUGGGAAAGUCAAACUGGCAGUCCAUGCCCAAACAGGCCACAAGGUAGCCCUCAAAAUCAUUAACCGCCGCCGAAUAGCCAACAUGGAUAUGGUCGGGCGCGUUAAACGAGAGAUUCAGUAUUUGAAAUUACUGCGACACCCGCAUAUUAUUAAAUUGUAUGAAGUCAUUACGACGCCUACGGAUAUUAUCAUGGUGAUGGAAUAUGCUGGUGGAGAGUUGUUUAAUUAUAUUGUCAAUCGCGGUCGAAUGUCAGAAGACGAUGCUAGGAGGUUUUUUCAACAAAUUAUAUGUGCGGUCGAGUAUUGUCAUCGUCAUAAAAUCGUUCAUCGGGAUUUGAAACCAGAGAAUGUAUUAUUGGAUGAAUAUGAUCAGGUCAAGAUUGCGGAUUUUGGGUUGAGUAAUAUCAUGUCUGAUGGGGAGUUUUUGAAAACGAGUUGUGGGUCACCUAAUUAUGCGGCGCCUGAAGUGAUUAACGGAAAGUUAUAUGCGGGACCAGAAGUGGAUGUAUGGAGCUGUGGAGUUAUUUUAUAUGUCAUGUUGUGUGGACGAUUACCAUUUGACGAUGACUACAUUCCAGCCCUCUUUAAAAAAAUCAAUGGCGGAAUCUUUUCACUCCCAACCUUCCUCUCCCCACCGGUCAAAUCCCUCCUCCAAGCAAUGCUAAUAGUAGACCCCCUAAAACGCAUCACAAUCUCCCAAAUCCGUGAAUCAGACUGGUUCCAAAAAGGGUUACCGGAUUACUUGAACCCCUUACCCAGUAUCUCUGUUGUGGAUUCUGGAUUGGAUUCUGGUGUUGUGGAAGAAGUCGCUCGGCGGAUGGGAUUGAGUUCCGAGACGGUGAGGGUUGCGUUGGGUGAGGAGGGGAAUAAUCAGGUCAAGGUUGCUUGUGAGUUGGUUUUGGAUCAUCGGAGGAUGGUUGCUGGAGUACGGCAUUCUCCGAAUAAGACGAUACAUCAUUACCUUCUUUCCGAAUCUCCACCUGCUUGGAAUGCACCCACACGGAAACCCCCACCCCAACCGACACCCACCCCCGACCCACCCUCAACCUCCUCCAUCCACGUCCUCCCCUCAAGUCUCCCCCGAGAACCUAUACCCCGCCGCCACAAAACCCGCUCCAAAUGGCAUUUCGGCAUCCGAUCCCGGUCAGCGCCGUUUGAUAUCAUGUUGGAGAUUUAUAAAGCACUCAAAAGUGUUGGGAUGCGGUGGCGGGCUGUGGAUGUUUAUCAUAUUCGGGCAGUCAUGAGUGGGAAUCAUAACAUUAAAUUGGAUAUACAGUUAUACCAAGUGGAACAACACAACUAUUUAGUGGAUUUCAAGAAUGCUUCUGGGGAGGGGUGUAUGACUGUUUUUGGGUUUUUUGAGGCUUGUGGGAGGUUGAUUACUGAAUUGGCUAUUUCGGGGUGA